AAAAAUCCAAGCGCUUUUCUCAGUCGCUCUCUCUCUUUCCCUAAAACCAAACCCUCGAUCUCGGAAUCCAUGGCGCGACCCCCGAAGCCGGUCUCUUCCGACGAAGCCAUGUCCAAUUCCGAGGAGGAGGAGCCGAUCAACGACGAAGAGGACGAGGAGGAGCUCGAGGCCGUCGCUCGCUCCGCCGACUCCGAAGACGAAGAGGCCGCCGAUGACAACUCCCGCGGCUCCGACGACGAGGCGGCCCCGGCUGAGAACGACGACGAGUUGGAAGAGGAUGAGGAUGGAGGUAAUGAAAGCAAUGCUGAAGUGAGCAAACGUGAGAAGGCCAGGCUUAAACGCAUGGAACAGAUGAAGAAGCAAAAAAUUCAGGAAAUAUUAGACGCGCAAAAUGCAGCUGUGGAUGCUGACAUGAACAAUAGGGGGAAGGGACGGUUGCAGUAUCUUCUGCAGCAAACAGAGUUGUUUGCCCAUUUUGCCAAAGGUGAUCCGUCUGCAUCCCAGAAGAAGGGGAAGGGAAGGGGGCGCCAUGCUUCAAAAAAGACUGAAGAAGAAGAAGAUGAAGAAUGCCUCAAAGAGGAAGAAGAUGAAUUAACUGGGACCGGAACCACACGGCUCUUGACACAACCUUCAUGUGAGAGUUAUUUUUUUUUUUUNUUUUUUUUUUNUUUUUUUGAAAAUGGCAUAAAUGGAAUCCUUGCUGAUGAGAUGGGUCUUGGUAAAACUUUGCAAACCAUAUCCUUGUUGGGUUACCUGCAUGAAUUCAGAGGAAUAACUGGCCCUCAUAUGGUUGUCGCUCCAAAGUCAACCCUUGGAAACUGGAUGAAUGAGAUUCGGCGUUUCUGUCCUGUGUUGCGUGCUGUGAAGUUUCUCGGUAAUCCUGAUGAAAGAAAACACAUACGUGAGGACUUGCUGGUUGCUGGGAAGUUUGAUGUUUGUGUUACAAGUUUUGAAAUGGCCAUCAAAGAAAAGUCUUGCUUACGACGUUUCAGCUGGCGAUAUAUAAUCAUCGAUGAAGCCCAUCGAAUCAAGAAUGAGAAUUCACUGCUUUCAAAAACAAUGAGGCUGUAUAAUACCAACUACCGUCUUCUAAUCACGGGCACACCGCUUCAGAAUAAUCUUCAUGAACUAUGGUCUCUGCUCAACUUUCUUCUGCCAGAGAUUUUUAGUUCUGCCGAAACGUUUGAUGAAUGGUUUCAAAUAUCUGGUGAAAAUGACCAGCAGGAGGUUGUUCAACAGCUUCACAAGGUCCUCCGGCCAUUCCUUCUCCGAAGGUUGAAGUCAGAUGUUGAGAAAGGUUUGCCUCCAAAAAAGGAAACUAUACUUAAAGUAGGCAUGUCGCAAAUGCAGAAACAGUACUAUAAGGCUUUACUGCAGAAAGAUCUUGAAGUUGUUAAUGCUGGCGGAGAACGUAAGCGUCUUUUGAAUAUAGCUAUGCAGCUUCGUAAAUGCUGUAAUCAUCCAUAUCUUUUCCAAGGUGCUGAGCCUGGGCCUCCUUAUACAACUGGAGACCAUCUUAUUACAAAUGCUGGUAAAAUGGUUCUUUUGGACAAGUUACUUCCCAAGUUGAAAGAGCGUGAUUCUAGGGUCCUAAUAUUUUCUCAGAUGACAAGGCUGCUAGAUAUUCUCGAAGAUUAUCUAAUGUUUAAAGGAUACCUCUAUUGUCGGAUUGAUGGAAAUACCGGUGGUGAAGACCGUGAUGCUUCAAUCGAUGCCUUCAAUAAGCCUGGAAGUGAGAAAUUUGUAUUCUUGCUAUCAACUAGAGCUGGAGGACUUGGUAUCAAUCUUGCUACUGCAGACGUCGUCAUCCUUUAUGAUAGUGAUUGGAACCCUCAAGUUGAUCUCCAAGCACAAGAUCGUGCUCACAGGAUUGGUCAGAAGAAAGAAGUUCAAGUGUUCCGGUUCUGCACUGAGUAUACCAUUGAGGAAAAAGUGAUAGAGAGGGCUUAUAAAAAGCUUGCCCUUGAUGCUCUGGUGAUUCAACAAGGACGAUUAGCUGAGCAAAAAACUGUUAAUAAAGAUGAGCUACUUCAAAUGGUAAGGUUUGGUGCUGAAAUGGUUUUUAGUUCCAAGGAUAGCACAAUUACCGAUGAGGACAUUGAUAGAAUCAUUGCGAAAGGAGAAGAGGCAACUGCUGAACUUGAUGCGAAGAUGAAGAAAUUUACCGAGGACGCGAUUAAAUUUAAGAUGGAUGAUACUGCUGAAUUGUACGACUUUGAUGACGAGAAGGAUGAUAAGUUUGACUUCAAGAAGAUAGUUAGUGAAAACUGGAUUGAACCACCAAAGAGAGAGCGGAAGCGGAAUUACUCAGAAUCAGAAUACUUUAAGCAAACAAUGCGCCAAGGUGCUCCAGUAAAACCCAAAGAGCCUCGAAUUCCACGCAUGCCUCAGUUACAUGAUUUUCAAUUUUUCAACACACAAAGGCUGAGUGAGCUGUAUGAAAAGGAAGUACGCUACCUCAUGCAAAAUCAUCAGAAGAAUCAGUUGAAGGACACAACUAUAGAAGUGGAUGAACCAGAAGAAGUUGGAGAUCCAUUGACUGCUGAAGAACUGGAAGAAAAGGAACGUCUAUUAGAAGAGGGAUUCUCUUCUUGGAGUAGAAGAGAUUUCAAUACCUUCAUCAGGGCCUGUGAGAAGUAUGGGCGAAGUGAUAUACAAAGCAUUGUUGCCGAGAUGGAGGGGAAAACAGAGGAGGAAGUAGAAAGAUAUGCAAAGGUUUUCAAAGAGAGAUACAAGGAAUUAAAUGAUUAUGAUAGGAUCAUCAAGAACAUUGAAAGAGGAGAGGCUCGAAUUUCUCGCAAGGAUGAGAUAAUGAAAGCUAUUGGGAAAAAGUUGGAUCGCUACAAGAAUCCAUGGCUAGAACUGAAGAUCUCAUAUGGUCAGAACAAGGGGAAGUUGUACAAUGAAGAAUGUGACCGUUUCAUGAUAUGCAUGGUUCACAAGCUUGGGUAUGGCAACUGGGAUGAGUUGAAAGCAGCAUUUCGCACGUCACCCUUGUUUCGGUUUGAUUGGUUUGUGAAGUCACGCACAACUCAGGAACUUGCGAGGAGAUGUGAUACACUAAUUCGAUUGGUGGAGAAAGAGAACCAAGAAGUUGAUGAGAGGGAGAGACAGGCUCGCAAAGAGAAGAAGCUUGCUAAGAACAUGACACCAUCAAAGCGUGGCACGGGUAGGCAGCCAACUGAGAGCCCCUCUUCCAUGAAGAAGAGGAAGCAAUUAACUAUGGAUGAUUAUGUUAGCACGGGAAAGAGGAGGAGGUAAUUCUAAAUUGAAGUAUAUUUUGUAGUGGGGUUUGGAAACCUCAGAUGACUGUAUUUGAGAAGCAUGAUGCUAGAGUUAUUUUGUAGUCGGUUCCUUAAUGUUGGUAGGAUAAUUCAAGGGUUGAACAUUCACCCAUCUAUGUAUCAGAGGAAUGCUUAAUUGAAUUCACAGCUGUAUAUUGGGAUUUGGUUAAAGUUAAAUGCUUAAAUAUUGGUG